AAGCCCUAGGGAAUGACAUGAUUAGUAACCUGUCACAUGUUGAUAACCGCAAUGUAUCCCACUGGACAUCUUAUGGAUUUUCUCAUGCAUUCCGGUGUUUGGUUGGCUUGGUUGGACCCCUUAACUAAACUGUCCAAAAUGUCAAACAUUAGAUUACAUUGAAAUGCAUUGUCAUUAUGUAAUACGUGUGUACACCUUAAGAGUCACGCUGGACAACACAAGUGGCAGCUCAAGCUUUUUGGCUUGUUGUCUGGCGCUCUCGUCUCUUAAUUUGCGGACUAUGGUUCGAGGCCUGGCCGGGAAGGACUGAGCGAUUACAAUUACAAGGACUCCUUCCUGGUGUGUCUCCCCAAUGACCACCUGGAAGUGAGCUACGGUGGUGCAGCCCUGCAGGAUGGCUGGACUUUGGGUGACGUUGGCGUCGCAAGUGGAAACUCCAUAAAAUGCUGCGUAAAGCGCGAUGAGAGGCCAGCGAUGUUUGUGUUUAACGCUGUGACGGGGGAAACCUUUCCAGUCACAGGAAGUGCGUCUCUCCGAAAUAUGUCCGUGUCCCAACUGACAAGUGUGGUGUCGGAGCGCAGCGGACUUCCUGUCAGUGUUUUUCGCCUCAGCACACCUGCCGGAGUUCAGCUUUAUGACUGCAACACGCUGCAGGGCUACGCCAUCAAAGUGGGUGCAAUCCUCCGUUUGGAUGCAUGGGACGGGUGGGUGGAGUUCCUCCGAGGUUGCCUCCUUGGCCACGUAGCCACGGUCCAAGGUCAAACAUCAAAGAAGAAGCUUGUAAUGAGAUUCCAGCUGCGGGUGGCGCUCUACUUGGCAGCCUCUUUGGGCCACCUGGAGCUGGCAGAUUGGCUCCUGGAGAAGGGGGUUCCCGCUGAUCAACCAGUGGGGGUCCAUCCGUACCGCCAGUGGUGCCAGCGAACUGCCCACAGAGACACGAGACGGUGUCCCGUUCACGUCGCCGCGGAAAGCAACCGGCUCCUCAUCCUCAAGCUUUUUGUCACCAAGGAUAUUUUCACGCUGGCUUGCCGGGACCCUGAAGGUCGUGACCCUUUGAGGAUUGCUGUGCAGCACGGCCACAGGGAGUGCGCUCGCUACUUAGCAGAGAAGCUAAGUUCAGUCAUAUCCCUGCAAAAUAUAUCCCUGCCUGUUCGUAUUUACCUUCAGAUGAAGCGCUGGCUCCGGGUGGCGCAGCAAAGGACAGCCUCAGGUCCAUGGCGCCGCACCUUUACCUGCAAGGUGCUGUCGGUAGACGGCUUCACUCCGCCAAAGAUGUCCUCCAAACCCAGGAAGCUAAAGCCCGCCUCCGAUGAGACAUUUCCGCCUCUUGGUAGCAAGAUGUCUGAGAAUCCUCCGGUCCUCCUUAAAGAGAUGCGGAUUAAUCCGAAGCAAAAUCAGUACGACACAGAUGGGAGUGCAGGACUCUGGUCUUCACUCCCACCUCUCAGUUCUCCCACAUCACCACGAGUCCACCGUCUCUUUGCGGCACCGACGCACCACAGGGGGUCAACGGCCAGAGAAAAUGCGAUAAACUGCUUGACAAUUGCCAGGUUUGUGUCAUGUUUUGAGGCGCACACACUCAGAAGUCCUUUUGGCGCCCUCACAAACGAUCAGAAAUCACAAAACCUUUACCAACCAUAUUGCCACAAUAAUAGAGAAUAGAAUUAUAUUUACAUAGCACUUUUUCUCUAGUGACUCAGAGCCGAUUUACAUAGUGAAAGCCAUUAUUUACAUAUUUAAGCCACAUUUAAACUAGAUAUGUCCGAUAAUGGCUUUUUUGCUGAUAUCCGAUAUUGUCCAACUCUUAAUUACCGAUUCCGAUAUCAACCGAUACCGAUAUAUGCAGUCGUGGUAUUAACACAUUAUUUUGCCUAAUUUUGUUGUGAUGCCCCGCUGGAUGCAUUAAACAAUGUAACAAGGUUUUCCAAAAUAAAUCAACUCAAGUUAUGGAAAAAAAGUGCCAACAUGGCACUGCCAUAUUUAUCAUUGAAGUCACAAAGUGCAUUAUUUUUUUUUAACAUGCCUCAAAACAGCAGCUUGGAAUUUGGGACAUGCUCUCCCUGAGAGAGCAUGAGGAGGUUGAGGUGGGCGGGGUUGAGGGGGGGUGUAUAUUGUAGCGUCCCGGAAGAGUUAGUGCUGCAAGGGGUUCUGGGUAUUUGUUCUGUUGUGUUACGGUGCGGAUGUUCUCCUGAAAUGUGUUUGUCAUUCUUGUUUGGUGUGGGUUCACAGUGUGGCGCAUAUUUGUAACAGUGUUAAA